AUGUGUUCAAUUAUUACAGAAAUUCUACGAUUCGCAAUCGCUAAUCAAGAACCAGUUUUAUUUCAUAAAACUAUUCGUGAAAAUAUCUUGUUGGGAUUUGAUUUAGCUACUAAUGAACAAGUUCAUCAAGCAGCUAAAAUGGCUAAUGCACAUGAUUUCAUCAUGACACUUUUCGAACAUUGCUUUUUCGACCAGAAAGAACGUAGUACCGGUGCAUUAUGUACACGUCUUGCAACUGAAGCAUCAGCUGUGCAAGGUGCAAGUGGUGUCCGAUUUGGUACAUCUGGUUGUGGAAAAUCAACUACGAUUCAGCUAUUGGAACGUUUCUAUGAUGUAAAUGCUGGUCGCCUCCAGCCAGUUCUUUUCGACAUGUCGAUUCGAGAAAAUAUUGCAUAUAGUGAUUAUAGCCGAAAAGAUAUUUCACUGAAUGAAAUUAUUCAAGUAACAAAAGAUGCAAAUAUUCAUGAUUUUUUUAUUGAACUUCUUCCACAUGGAUAUGAAACUAUUUGUGGUGCCCAUGGAACUCAAUUAUCAGGUGGACAAAAACAAAGAAUUGCUAUUGCUCGAGCUUUAAUUCGAAAUCGAAAGAUUUUAUUACUUGAUGAAGCAACAAGUGUGUUAGAUAGUGAAAAUGAAAAGAUUGUUCAAGACGCAUUAAAUCGUACAGCAAUUACGAUUGCACAUCAUUUAUCUACAAUUCAAAAGGUAGCCGUAGUAUGUGUUCUUCAUAAUGGAAUAAUUGUAGAAAGUGGAAAUCAUGAAGAACUACUUGCUCUUGGUGGUCGAUAUUAUCGAUUAGUAACAAAAUGA